AUGAAUGAACAUAUAUACGAUAAAACGCCAAGUGACCAUAAACUUAUUAAUUUAACUAAAAAAUAUAACUUAGAAUUUAUUCCAUAUAAUCAAUUCACCAAUGUAACUUACAUUGCUAAAGGAGGAUUUAGCAAAAUUUAUAAAGCCAUUUGGGAAAUGGGUAAAAGUGAAGUUGUUCUCAAGAUUUAUAAUUAUUAUAACGACAUUUAUGCUGAUUUUUCAAAUGAGUUGAAUAUCAAUUUUCAAUGCAGAACUCAAUUUUCUGACCUAUAUUUCCAAAAAAUUUAUGGUAUUACACGAGAUCCAGAAUCAAAAAAAUAUAUAAUCGUCAUGGAAUUUGCAUUAUAUGGAGAUCUACACUGUUUUUUAAACAGCAAAAAAACUUUAACGUUACGCGGCAUGCUUGAAAUAUUAAAUUUUAUCGUGUGGGAUCUUAUGAAUCUCCAUAAAAAAAAUAUUAUUCAUUGCGAUUUUCAUAGUGGAAAUAUAUUAAUUAACAAAGAUUCCAGAUUUCAUUCUCCAUGUGCAAAAAUCACUGACUUUGGAAGAAGUAAACUAGUAAAUGCGACAUCAAAUCGAGAUGUUAUAUAUGGAAUAAUUCCAUAUGUGGCUCCAGAAGUAUUAAGAGGUGAACCUUACACUAAACAAUCUGAUAUCUAUAGCCUAGGAAUGAUUAUAUGGGAGAUGACGAGUGGACAUAAACCUUUUUAUGAUCGAGAACAUGAUACUGAUCUUAUUUUGGCGAUUCUGGAUGGUCUUCGUCCUGAUUUCAUUGAUGAUACCCCUAAAGAACUUGUCGAAUUAAUCAAAAAAUGUUGGGACAAUGAUGUUUCAAAGCGCCCAAAAGCUUCUGACAUCAAAUUCGAAAUAAAUCAGACAUUAAAAAAUAACGAAAAUGAGCCAGUUCUUUCCAAAAUUACAUUUUCAUAUAUUGAAAAAAUUUGUUCAAGAACAAUAUAUCAAAGUCGCUUGUUGAGUUCUUUUGUCAGCAGCGCUUUAGCUUUACGAAAUUUACAUUCAAAUGUAACAGAAUCCACUAUAAUAAAUAUCAAUUCAUUAAGUAGUGGUUACAUCUCACGAGAAAUUGGUUUGGAUGUACUUAACUCGAGUCUCAUGGUCAUGUGA